CCUAGUUUGUACUGUAUUUCUCCGACAAUCCUCGGCAAUCCCUGUGGUAGGUUCCGGGCUGCGGCACCGUUUUCCCUUAUGUCCAACACUCUGCGUCUCGUCUUUACUUCCUUUAUCUCACACUUUAAGCCUACCCCUCUACUCAUCUUAAUCUGCAUUAUCACGUUAAUAGCUAUAAUUAUAACAGUAUACUAUGAACUCGAUCUUCAGCGGAUCUGUUGCUUCAGCACUAGCCGCGACACUCACGGCCUGGCUCGUGUACGUUAUCACGCAAGCUGUCUAUCGCAUAUAUUUCAGUCCAAUAGCCAAGUUCCCAGGGCCCAAGCUAGCAGCAGUGAGCUUCUGGUAUGAAUUCUAUUACGAUGUAGUACAAGGUGGGCAGUAUACGUUUGAGAUUGGUCGGAUGCACGAGAAAUAUGGCCCUAUUAUCCGCAUCAAUCCCUAUGAGCUGCACGUUUCAUCACCCGACUUCUACGAGAAACUGUACUCAGGGCCCGGAAAGCGUCGCCAUCGGUGGGAUUGGUUUUCGGCACAGUUUGGCUUGCCCGAAUCCAUGUUCGGGACUAACGAUCACGACUCCCACCGCAUCCGAAGAGCAGCUGUCAAUCCAUUCUUUUCCAAAGGCGCGGUCAGGAAGCUGCAACCUAUCAUUGACGAGAGAAUUGACGCGCUGCUGAACCGCUUUCAAGAGUUUCAAGCUUCCAGCCAGCUCAUAAUUCUGAACUACGCAUUCUCUGCAUACACUAAUGACAUCGCUCAAGAAUAUGCCUUUGCACGGUCUGACCGUCGAGUUGAUCAGCAUGACUUUGAACCCACAUUUCACAAUGCGUCUAUUGCUGGCAGCAGCGGCGGUGCUCUCGUCAAGCAAUAUCCCUGGAUCUUGCCUCUCAUGCAGUCGUUGCCUGAGUCAUUUAUGACCUGGUUAGAUCCCGACAUGGCCUCGUAUUUUGGUCUUCAAAAUAUGAUUAAAAAACAGAUUAAGGAGAUGAAGGCUGGAAUAACUGACGACAAAGGUGCUGAUCACCGGACAAUUUUCUAUGAGAUUAUUAACAGCGACCUGCCGCCCGAAGAGAAGUCAGAUGCUCGACUCGCGCAGGAUGGUCAGACAGUUGUCAUUGCUGGAACAAUCACCACAGCUUGGGGACUCUGCAUUGCCGUCUUUUAUCUUCUUUCCCAGCCCGGGACGCUAAAAAAACUUAAGGAGGAACUGCAGACGGUGUUGAAAAGUCCUUCCUCACCCAUUACCUUGGCUGCCUUGGAGCAGCUUCCAUUCUUGACAGGAUGCGUCCAGGAGUGCAUUCGACUGAGCUACGGCGUAUGCACUCGCCUCCAACGCAUUGCACCUGACGAGACUUUGUCUUUUAACGACGGAAACAAAGACUGGUACAUACCUCCCGGAACACCGGUCAGCAUGACGAGCGUUCUCAUUCACCAUGACGAGUCGGUCUUUCCCAACUCGAGGAAGUUCUUGCCUGAACGCUGGAUUGGCAACCCACAGUUGUCUAAAUACCUUGUCUCUUUUUCAAAGGGCACGAGACAAUGCAUUGGCAUCAAUCUGGCUUACGCAGAGCUUUAUGUUGCUCUGGCGAGGAUAUUCAGGGCUUACGGGAGCGAGGAUAUAAGGUUCGAGGAUGAUGCGGGGUACUUGGAACUAUUCGAGACGACUAUGUAUGAUGUGGAACUCACCAAGGACGUCUUCAUCCCUGUGGCGCCAGAUGGCUCUAAAGGGGUCAGGAUACUUGUAAAGAAGUAAAAUGUUGCUAAUAUGUUAAACAUCGUACAGAGUGACGGGAGUCAGGCCAGAUCGCCAGGCAGCGGCAGGAUUAUGACUACUAUACUGUACCGAUUCUCAAGACCUUUGCCCUAUUUUACCAAGUUUUGUGGCCCCCGUGCUUUUCUAGUCUGUGCUCGGGUCGUGGCGUUUAUUUUAAUACUGGUGUUUUUGGAGAAAGUAAACAGAAGAAACGGCUCCUGAUAGCCCACUCUACAGGAAGAACAAUCGCAUACGACCACAGACUCAAGAGAAUUAGGCAUCCCGUCCGCUCUGCCAGGGCGUACUUUCCAGUUUCCCUGACAGGCUGCCUUUGUAUUUUUUUUGCCUGUAUUAGAUUACAUCAUCAUGUGAAGCCAGACUUUAAUUGGUACUGAAAUAGCC